AAGUUUACAAUUGUUUUGUUGUUUUUAUCAAAGCUUUUAAUAAAUAAUCAAAGUGAUAAGAUACAAAGCUUCACCACAAUCGCAAAGCGGUAUGGUAUAUUGCAAAACUCUUGGUAGAAUACGAUGAUUAUUGAUCAGAUCAGAGAACAGACCAGUUUCAAACACAUUGCUUCUAACACAAGCACGUUGCGAGCUGUUGCCAUACAACUUGAUAAUUAAUUCAAUCUAACACCAUUUAAUAAAUAAAAAAAAAAUAUGGCAAAGGUUUUUUUGGGACAAGUGAUCCAUACAAAAUCAUUAAAUGAAUUCAUUGUGUACACAAAUGGUUUUGUGGCUGUCUAUGAUGGAAAGAUAGUUGCUGAAGGCAAUGAUUACCAAUUGUGGAAGAAUGCGGCCGCCAGUGCGCACUUUCCCAAAGAUGCUGAAAUAAUUAAAAUGACCAAGGAACAAUUUCUUAUGCCAGGCUUAAUUGAUUGUCAUAUACAUGCGCCGCAAGUGGCACAAAUCGGUUUAGGUUUAGAUAUGCCCUUACUGGACUGGUUGAAUUUCUAUACAUUUCCUUUGGAGGCCAAAUUUGCUGAUCAAGAAUUUGCCGCUAAAGUGUACUCAAGAGUUGUGGAAUCAACAAUCAAAAGUGGCACAACAUUGGCUUCUUACUUUGGCACUAAUAACAAAGACAGCACCAUAACCUUGGCCAAAGAGGCAUUAAGGCAAGGACAACGUGCUUUGGUGGGCAAAGUCUGUUCCAACUGCAACAGUCCUGAUUUUUAUGUUGAGAAUACUCAAGAAUCUGUGUGUGCCACAAAGGCAUUUGUCGAUGAUAUGAAGAAACUUGGUUCGGAUUUAGUGAAGCCAACUAUAACACCAAGAUUUGCUUUAAGUUGUACCAAAGAAUUGCUUAAGGCUUUGGGUGACAUUGCUAAGGAGAACAAUUUGCAUAUACAGAGUCAUAUUAGCGAAUCUGUGGACGAAGUUCAUUUCGUCAAGAGCAUUUUUUCAUCUUCCUAUGCUGAAGCGUACGACAAGGCGGGACUUUUAACCAACAAGACUGUAAUGGCUCAUGCCGUUCACUUAGAAGACGAUGAGAUCGCUUUAUUCAGAGAACGGGGUACUUCAGUUGCUCAUUGUCCGGCUUCCAAUACCAUGUUGAGUUCAGGAUUUUGUGAUGUAUUGCGUUUAAUUGAAAACGGGAUAAAAGUGGGUUUGGGAACAGAUGUUUCUGGUGGAAAUUCUAUUUCAAUACAGGAUGCAAUUUUAAGAGCUCUUGAUGUUUCCCAUCAUUUGGAGUUUGUAAAGAAGCAAUACAUUUUUGGAACUGGCAAAAUGCAAACGGAAAAUUCCGAAUAUACGCCUAUUAAUUAUAAACAAGCCAUUUAUUUGGCUACUUUGGGAGGUGCUGAAGCAUUAACCAUGGAUAAGGUUUGCGGCAAUUUUGAGAUUGGCAAAGAAUUUGAUGCCUUAGUUGUGGACACCAGUAUAUAUCCCUCCCAUAAUUUCGGCUUAUACAAUCCCGAGGAUUAUGAAAAGAAAUCGGAUGAAGUCAAAUUGCUUGAAAUGGUACAAAAAUUCAUUUACACCGGUGAUGAUCGUAACAUUGUACAGGUUUAUGUUGCUGGCAAACAAAUUAAGUCCAUUUAAAAGACAAUUUUAUAGUUUUAUAUGUAUAUUUAAAAUAUCGGAAGUGUUUUGAAUGGUGAAAAAUGCUUAUGUGCUAUCAAUAACU